CACCAACAUUAGCCAAACAAGCUUGCAGAUAAACGAAGAAUCAAUACGAGCUUAAACUUAUGACCGUACUUAUUAAACCAAAAUGUGUAACAGUUGUACAUGCAUUAUGACCUCCAAGCACCAAACUGAUCCACCAUACGACAAGUCAAAAUUUUGAUGCUACGUUCAUAUCUCUAACACUAGCACUCCGAAAUGGAACAAAUUCACAAUUUCAAAACCAUAGUUAACAAUAUAUUUAUUUUUUCAACAACAACAAACUUUAGCGUAUACAUUUGAAAACGAUUCCAAAUUCAAUAAUACCAAUUACCAAGUGAUAAGGCAAAGCCAGACAACCUCGAUUCCCAAUCCAAACACGCCAUUUCCCAACCUGGUGACAGCCCCCAAACACACAACGAAGUAGCCGAGAAAGUUUCAAAGCUUCACCCAACGCCAUAAACAAACCUCCAUUGUCUCAUUUCCCACGCUGGCUUCCACCCACCCACUCCCCACCUUUCCAGUUUUUAUAAUAGCAUGCUUCCUUCCAUCAAUCAACACCUCAAAUGAUCAUUCAUUCAUUCUUCCUCCCCUGCCUCUUUCCUCUUCAUCUUCUUCCUUCUGGGCUCUGGCCCUGCCCUUUCUCCUCCAGCACCACCAGCCAGCCAUGGAGGAAUACUACUACAACAGAUCGAGGUCUUACACUUGCUCCAACUACAACGACCGACCAAGCAGGCUACCUGCCGCUUCCGCGACCAACUCUGCCUCUAGCUACGAGCUGAGAUCCUACAGCACUUCUUCCUACCAGGUGGCUCCUUACUAUGAUCAUCAUCCACAAGAACAACAUGGCCACAGUAAGUCCCACCAGCAGAAAGAGAAGAAGAAGAAGAAGAAGGAUGCUGCUGCUGCUGGGACUGCAAUGAGGUCGUGGAGCGUGAAGGACCCGGAGUUGCAGAGGAAGAAGAGGGUGGCUAGCUACAAGAUGUACAGCGCACAGGGCAGAGUCAAGGGCACGUUCAGGAACAGCUUCCGCUGGCUCAAGGAUAGCUAUACCAGGGUCGUGUAUGGAUGGUGGUGAUCAGUGAUCGUCCAUAUCUGGAUCAAAUCAAUCGAUGCUUCAUUAUCAAAUUCAAUCGUAGAUUUGUAGGUAGUGUUUGAUGUUUGAUUGAUUUUGUUGUUGGGUUUGUAUUGCUUGCUUAGUUUGUUAAUCAGUGGGGGGAGGUCUCUUGCAAUUCUUGUCACGAUCAUCUGUCACGCAACUCAUCAAAAUACCGAUCGCGUUAAUUGAGUUUGACGAAAGUUAAUGUUGUCAUUAACCGGUUGCUUCAACAAUUCGAAUAGUUAGAAGAAGGUUAAUUAUGAAUCAUGUACUCUUUUACUCAUCUCUCAAAUAAAAACCAAUUAUAGGUUUGAGAUUUGCACAGCUCCACCAUAUCAUAUGCUUAAAUCAACUAUUAUAUUAGGAUCGUGAAACUUGGAAUACACAGUCACUUGAUAAACCUGCUCUAAUACCAUGUCAUAAACCAGUUGGUCCGAUAAUUUGAGCUAAAAGAAUACUGUUUAUGAACAAUAACACUCCAUUACAAACGGUUAGUGAUCUAAAUUAAAAAAAUUAAUUCAAUUAGAAAGGACAUUAAUUAAAAUCUCUAAACGAUAAACAUGAAAUAAAUUA